AUGAGCAUCACUCAUACCGAGAAUAUGUCGACGGCUGGUAGCCACAAGCCGGGGGCUCUUGAUUCUCGAGUCUCUCUUCUGCCACAGGGCAAUCACUUACUCAGCCUGAUGACUAUACUUCGAGAGUCAAACACAAAUGUCGCAACUUUUGCGGAAGUGACCGAGAGGAUUGGCGAUCAACUUAUCAGUGCUGCACUCGACCUACUUCCAUCUAAAGCGACGACAGUUGUUAGCCCUACCGGAGCCGAAUAUCAAGGAAUCCAAGAGACUGCCGAAGUCUGUGGUGUGAGCAUUCUUCGCGCAGGUGCCAGCCUUGAAAACGCCUUGAGACGUGGAUACACUGGCCCAUUAAGUUUUGGAAAAUUGUUAAUUCAACGGGAUGAGACAACGAGUCUUCCGACGCUUUAUUACUCAAAGUUUCCCGCGGGAUUCGCUUCUAAGACUGUCUUCAUCCUUGAGCCGAUGCUAGCCACCGGUGGCUCGGCUUGUGCAGCAAUCGACGCGAUCAAAGAAGCGGGUGUUGCUGAGGAAAAUAUUAUUUUUGUUAACAUUUUAGCGGCGCAACAUGGAAUCAGUGUAUUAUUUGACCGUUUCCCUUCUCUUCGAUUGGUUACCGCUGCCAUAGAUGAAGAGCUCACGCCCUCAAAUCAUAUUAGCCCGGGAUUGGGAGAUUUUGGAGAUCGGUUUUACGGGACUCAUUAA